AUGGCUGAUAGCAUGGCUUCGAAUCCCGAGAGUAGCAUGGACAAGGGCAAUGAAGAAGAGGAGGACAUAGUGAUAGAUACCAGACAGGGUCCUGAUUCCAGAUUCCCUCCAGGAUAUCGUUUCAACCCUCGUGAUGAUGAGCUUAUACUUCACUACUUAAGGAGAAAGAUUGCAAACGAACCAUUGCUUUACGAUGUUUUUAAUGAUGUCAAUCUAUAUGAAUAUCAUCCAGCAACACUUGUAGAAAAAUUUAAACAUUGUGGAGACAACAGGUGGUACUUCUUCACCCCAAGAGAUCGCAAGUAUCCAAAUGGUAUUCGACCCAAUCGUAAAACAGUUGAUGGAUAUUGGAAAGCCACCGGUGUUGAGAAAAAAAUCAUACACGAUGGUGAACAAAUUGGAGUACGAAAAGCUUUGGUUUUCUACACUGGGAAGGCUGGAAAAGGAAGCAAGACUGACUGGAUCAUGUAUGAAUAUAUCAAUCAAGAUCGUUCCAACCGUCCUCGUAGACCUGAUGGCACAAUGAAGUUGGAUGACUGGGUUUUAUGUACCAUACAAAAGAAGCGAGGAGCUGAUGAGGACACAGGUGGCGAGCCAGAGGAGCCAACACAAGCCCAACAAGCCAGCACUAGCCAAUCUAGGGAGCAAAAGCAGCCAAGAGCUGAUGAGGAGAACAGUGGGGAGCCAGAGGGGCCACCAAAAGCCCAACAAGCCACCACUAGCCGGUCUACUGAAAAACCAGGAACAUCUCAGGUUCAACAGAUUCCACAUGAUGGUAGAGAAGUGGAACCACUAGAUUAUCAAGUUAUUCACAAUAAUAAUGGUAGUCAUGUGAAUUAUUAUGAUAUGGAUGGUCAUGCUAAUUAUAAUACUGGUAGCGUCACACAAGCACCAUCAAUGUCAUUGCCGAAUGAUUUCACGGGUUUCAUCAGCUCCGAUGAUAUAGGUGAUCAUCAUCCAAGUGCUCAGAACUUUCAGCAGGACAUUCUAAAUCCUUCCAUGCGAAGUAUUGAUCUCGGGUAUCAACUUGGUCAAACUCCAGAGUUUGGAUUUGAAAAUCAGCAGAUGAUCUCCGAAUCACUCUAUCCGUCACCUCCAGAAGAUCCUCUAGAUCAGAGGUUCUCGAAAAAUCGGGACAUCAUCCAGAUCAAGCAUAUCAACAUCCACUCGCACAUCUACUGUCUGAGCCUUAAUUCUGCUCUGGAUGUCUAUGCCAUCUUUGAGGGCAUGAUAGGCUAA